UAUCCUCCAGCGAAGAUGUCCGAGUACAUCCGAGUCACCGAAGACGAGAACGACGAGCCCAUUGAGAUCCCCUCGGAGGAUGAUGGCACCGUCUUGCUAUCGACGGUCACUGCCCAGUUCCCAGGAGCGUGUGGCCUACGUUACAGGAACCCGGUGUCUCAGUGUAUGAGGGGAGUCCGGCUGGUGGAAGGAAUCCUGCAUGCCCCAGAGGCGGGCUGGGGAAAUCUGGUCUAUGUCGUUAAUUAUCCCAAAGAUAACAAGAGAAAAAUGGAUGAAACAGAUGCGUCAUCAGCUGUGAAAGUGAAACGAGCAGUGCAGAAGACUUCUGAUUUGAUAGUUUUGGGCCUUCCUUGGAAAACCACUGAACAGGAUCUAAAGGAAUAUUUCAGCACUUUUGGAGAAGUUCUGAUGGUGCAGGUUAAGAAAGACAUUAAAACUGGUCACUCAAAGGGGUUUGGUUUUGUUCGAUUUACGGAUUAUGAAACCCAGGUGAAAGUGAUGUCUCAGCGACACAUGAUAGAUGGAAGAUGGUGCGACUGUAAACUUCCCAAUUCCAAGCAAAGUCCUGAUGAGCCCUUGCGUAGCAGAAAGGUGUUUGUUGGUCGCUGCACUGAGGACAUGACAGCAGAUGAGCUCCGACAGUUCUUUUCUCAGUAUGGAGAAGUGGUAGAUGUCUUCAUUCCCAAACCCUUCCGAGCUUUUGCUUUUGUUACAUUUGCAGAUGAUCAGGUUGCCCAGUCUCUUUGUGGAGAAGACUUGAUCAUUAAAGGAAUCAGCGUACAUAUAUCCAAUGCUGAACCUAAGCACAAUAGUAAUAGACAGUUAGAAAGAGGUGGAAGAUUUGGUGGUAAUCCAGGAGGCUUUGGGAAUCAAGGUGGAUUUGGUAACAGCAGAGGGGGAGGAGGUGGGUUGGGAAACAACCAGGGCAGUAAUAUGGGUGGUGGGAUGAACUUUGGAGCCUUUAGCAUCAAUCCUGCUAUGAUGGCAGCAGCCCAAGCAGCAUUGCAGAGCAGCUGGGGAAUGAUGGGCAUGUUAGCUAGUCAACAGAACCAGUCGGGUCCAUCUGGAAACAACCAGCCUCAAGGCAACAUGCAAAGGGAGCAGAACCAGGGUUUCAGUUCAGGAAAUAACUCUUAUGGCGGAUCCAACUCGGGGGCAGCAAUAGGCUGGGGCUCAGCAUCAAAUGCAGGCUCGAGCAGUGGGUUUAACGGAGGCUUUGGUUCAAGUAUGGAUUCCAAAUCAUCGGGCUGGGGUAUGUAGACACAGUGGGCUCGGAUGCUGACUCUAUGGUGGGAAAUCAAAUUUUUCUAAAGUCAUGGUAAGUAUAUUGUAAAUUACAUAUAUACUAAAAUUUUCCAAAUCAGUUUGUUCAAUGUGCAGUAUAUUCAACAGUAUUUUUGACAUUUUUUUUUUCUUUUGUAAAAAGAAAGGCUAAAGGAAUUUUAUAAGUUUUGUUACAUGACUUGUUGGACUAUUGAAUGGUUGACAGUGAACUGCAGUUUGCCUGAUGGGUAAACUAACACUACACUUGAUAGGAAAGGCUUCUGUAAUAAUCUGUCCCUUGUUUCCUGGUUAGCUGAAUUCUUUGCAUGUCCAAAAUGAAAACCAUUGGUCAGAAACUGCAUUCUUUCCCUCUUGUUUUAAUUUGAUCCCCACCAUAAGAAUCUCUCCAAAUGCCCCAGUUGGAGAACACGGCGUCGGUGUUAGUUUUUUGUUUUUUGUUUUUUUUUCAUUUUAACACUGUCUCCCCUCAUGUUAAAGUACGAUAUGAAGGCUUCAUUUAAUCUCUGCAGUUCAUCUCAUUUCAAAUGUGUAUGGAAGAAGCACUUCAUUGAAAGCAGUGCUGUAAAUAUUCUGCCUUAGGAAUACUUCUGUCUACAUGCUUUCUCAUCCAAGAAAACUUCAUCACACUGCACAUGCUACGUCUUAGACGGUGGGUGUUCCAUUUUUAUCCGCUACUCUUUAUUUCAUGGAGUCGUAUCAACGCUAUGAACGCAAGGCUGUGAGAUGGAACCAGAAGGCUGUUUGAACUUUGAAACCUUGUGUGGGAUUGAUGGUGGUGCCGAGGCAUGAGAGGGCUGGUAUGUGCGAGAAAAAGGAGAGAGCGCAUGCAGAGACCUGGUGGUGCAUUAUGGGAUUUUAUUUUACUUGGCGAGAUGUCUCUCAAUCCUGUGGCUUUGGUGAGAGAGUGUGCAGAGAGCAAUGAUAGCAAAUAAAGUACGAGUGUUUCUUGUAUUCAAAGGACAUCCAUAUAUGGAAGACUAAGUGGGUUUUAUACCUAGUUAACCAAUUAGUUGAAUGUGUUAUGUGAAAUGAAUAUUUGUAUUUUUUUUCCCUUAUGUCAACUGCUGUGAAUGCUGUAUGGUGUGUGUUCUUUUCUGUUAAUGAUAUGUAAGUGUGGUAAUGUGAAUUGAAGAUGAUGGGGUUUGUGAUGAGAACACUGAGCUUGUGGUGCACUUUGUAGUAGUUCAUAGGGCAAAGUUCACCAGCAAGCUCAGUGUGCCUCUUAAGGCUGGAAGUUCCACUGUCUGUAAGAUUUCCAUAAGAAUGCUGUUUGCUGCAGUUCCGUGUUUGGAUGCUUUUUAUAAGAUUUGUCAUUGUAGGAAAUUCUUAAAUAAAACUGAUUUAAGUAAUAUGUGUCUUUGUUUUGCAGCCCUGAAUGCAAAGAAUUCAUAGCAGUUAAUUUAUUUUAUCCAUUUGAGAUGAACUUCUGUAAAGUGUCUUUGCAGUAACUUGGUUUGUUACAGAUAAGCGUGCUCUAAAAUAAGUCAAAUGGAUCCAUCACUCAUCAUAUAUUGGUACCGGACACCCACCUUUAUAAUCCACCAGCUUUUUCUUUCUUUUUUUUUUUUUUUUUCCAAUUGUUCGGUGAUAUGUAUCUCUAAAAUCCAGUUCUCACAAGUUUGGGUGCCCUCACCUUGAAUGGUAAGCAGCUCUCUCCCAGGCUACAUUUUCACCAAGGAAGCUUUCUUGUUUUUAGGAUUUGUGAUGGUGGCUUUUUUUUUUUUUUUUAAUGGAAGAAGAGGUAAGGGGGAGGAAAGCAAACACUUACACAGGUUAGAGUUAUUGCUCUUUGAUAUUUUUCCAGAGCAGCUUAUUUUGAAGCUGAAUGCAUAGCAAAGUAUUGUGGACAUCUUUAAAUCUAUCUGCUGAUUUGGAACCAAUUGCUGAGUCCUUCCCAUUAUAAUUCCAGCACAAAAGAAACUAUAAGCUUUUGACUAAAAUAACAUUAGACCACAAUAGAAACUGUCCAGCUGAACAAGAAUAUUAAUGAGUUAACUUUUUUUUUUUUUUAAGAAGCCCCUAUAGCAAUUUAACAAACAUAGUUUUUGGAAAUUCUAAGUAAGAGGCUUUUUUAUACUGAAAGGUGAAUGUAUGCAAUAGUAACACAUUCAGCAGUAUUACUUCCUUGGCUGUGUUAAGAUCUAAAAUAAUUAUUAUAAUGUAUUUGUACUUGAAAACCAAUACAUACCACACUGAUCCUCUUAUUACUGUACUCCAUUAUACUGUAUAUUUACUAUUUUUAAAUAUGAAGAAUUAGAGUAACUAGCUUAGGUUCUUCUUUUGAUGUGGAUAGUUAGCUUAAUUUUGAAAGGGGAUUUUGAAUUAGUAUGUGUUUGCCAUAUUUUUCUUAUGAAUAGAGGCCAUUGAAAUGUUGGGUAAUUGUGCGCUAAUGUUAAUUUCUAAUACUGCAGUACUAGUAGAUUGCUAGCAGCCAGGUCUUGAUGAACACUUGAAAAAAGAAAAGGGCAGUGAACAUUCAAGACAUUCAGAAGCAAUCCCACCUCUUUCAUUAGUUAUAUCCCUCUGCAAAGAGUUGCUUGAUUUUGAUUCUGAACCUAAAUCAUGAUGAUUUCGAAACUCUGUACCAUCUGUGAAUUUUGCAUUUUAGCACUUGCACUAUUACCAGCUACUGCUGCUGAGUAACACUUUAAAAUGGUACUCUGGAACCUCCAAAGACUAAAGUGUGGCAUCCCUUCAAGGAACCUGACGGUAAGUUUUUGUCAUUAGCAUGGCUUUAAUUUGUUUAAAUUUGUUUUAAAUCCAAGAUCAGGUCUUAACAGGUUAGCAGUGUUGGGUAACCUUUGCUAUGAAUUUUAAUUUCCCCUUACCCUCAGACAAAAUCUUUGGAAGAUUU